AGAUAAACCUUGUGUAAUGCAAUGUAUAGCCACGGGGUGGGAUCAUAAUACCAAAAACUCGCAAACUGGAAGGAUUCGCAUAAUGAAUGGGCCGCUUGCUGUCACUGUCCUUCCGGGAGAGAUUUGGCAGGACUAUAAUCAGAAAACAUAAUGCUGUAUCUUCAAGAAUGGUGGGGUCAUGAAAAACCCAGCUCCUUGGUUGUGGAGUAGAGGAGAGGUAGUGCAUCGUGGGUGAUUCACAGACAAGACAGGGAGGCGAUGGAGGAAGAUGAGCGGGCUGUAGAAUUCAAGGGUCUGUUUGAGGACCCUGCCUUCAUCUGUGAGGACUCCCUGUUCUCAGACUACUCCACCCCUAUCGCCAGGUUCCAGGAUGACAUCACAUGGCUCCGGCCACAGGAGAUCUGCCCGUCUCCUGCACUCUUCCCUGACAACACCAAUGACGGCCAUGCAAAGCAAGGCCUCCUGGGAGACUGCUGGUUCCUCUGUGCCUGCACAAUCUUACUGAAGUACCAGCAUUUGAUGAACAAGGUGGUGCCCCCUGCCCAGCCCCAGUGGGGGGAGAGGGGGUACCGGGGCUCCUUCCUCUUCCGUCUCUGGCAGCAUGGCUGCUGGACAGAGGUAACCGUUGACGACCGGCUGCCCUGCCUCAGCGGCAAGCUCUGCUUCUCACGCUGCCAAUCCCCCACUGCUUUUUGGGUUGCUCUGCUGGAGAAGGCCUACGCCAAGCUGCAGGGGUCAUAUGAGCGCCUAUGGGCGGGGCAGGUCUCUGAGGCCCUGGUAGACCUGACAGGGGGGCUGGCGGAGCGCUGGAGCCUGGGGGAUUGUGGGACAGAGGAGGACCAGGGUCGGGGGUCAUCUGACAGUGACUGGGUCAGGAGGAGGAGGCUGGAUCUGGACCUGCUGCAUGCGGUCAGAGAGGGCUGUUCAGUCAGCUGCUCUGUACACAGCGCUCCUGGAGGUGCCAGUGAGUUGGGGCAGUUCCAUGCCCUGAGUGUGAUGGAGUGGGUGGACGUGAGGACGGUGGAACGGGGAGGAGUACGUCUAAUCAGGAUCAGAAACCCCUGGGGCAGACGCUGCUGGGAGGGAGCAUGGAGAGAGAGAACCUCUGUCUCAGUAAUAAACUGGCCACUCUCACCUGGCAGUGGAGAAGGCUGGAACUCUCUGGACCCGGCCUGUACUCUGAACUUGCUGGGCCGGGCCCAGGAGGCAGAGUUCUGGGUGGACGAGACUGAAUUCCUGUUGCAGUUUGAUGAUGUCACAGUGGGGUAUCCUAUCAAUGAGGAGGGACACCUGCAGAGCAUCUAUUCUGCCCCUGUCUGUCCAAUAGGCAAGCUGCUGACUCAUAGCCACCAGACCAGCGAUCGCUGGGUCAAAGGUCACUCAGCAGGUGGUUGCCGUAACAACAGUAGCUUUGGCAGCAACCCUCAGUUCUGGCUGCGGGUGUUUGAGAGGGGAGAGGUGCUGGUGUCUCUGCUACAGCACAGAAAGUAUAGCAGGAACACAGGACACCACUACACACAGUCACCAGAAGAGGGCAGCAGCACCACACAACACCAACACUACCAGGCCAUCGCUUUGCACAUGUGGAAGGUAGAGAAGAAGUGUUUGAACCUGUCUGGGACUCUGAACAGCCCUCCCUGUGCCUCCACACACUGCCACGCCUACGAGCGUGAGGUGGUACUACACACACACCUGGAGCCUGGCUGCCACCUGCUCAUCCCCAGUACCUUCCUCCAGGGGGGUGAGGGGAGCUUCUUGCUCAGGGUCUUCUCCUCUUCCCCCACCUCACUCAGUGCUGUGAAGACCCCGGGGCCCUCUUUGCCAUUGGUAACAGAGGGGGAGUGGGAGACAAACUACUUACAGGGCGCAUGGGUCACAGGGUCAUCGGCCGGGGGGAGCAGGAACUUCCUGUCUCACUGGCAGAAUCCAAGGUUCCCGGUCACCAUGGGUGACAACAUAGCGGGGUCAACAGGGGUCAAUGUUAGGGUCACCCUCCACCAGAACUGCCCUGACACUGACCUCCAGGCCAUCGGCUUUCACCUGUACAAGACUCCAGAGGGACAGGAGCAGGCCGAGUCGACAGUACCCAGGGAGGAGGAACCGGUGGCCAGCUGCAUUCCUCACUGCUACACCCAGGCUGUCAGUCUGGCCUGCUGCCUUCCUCCAGGGGCCUAUGUCAUAGUGCCCUCCACCUACCAGCCUGACUCCCCAGGCCAGUUCACCCUCACUGUGGCUCGCAAAAUACACAGGAGAGUGGUGAAGAGUCAGGAAAGACUGGGGAGAGCCAUUCAAGAGGUCUCUCACAUAUCUGUGAUGCGUAGUUAGCUCUGGGAGCUGUGCUGCCGCUCUGCUGACGUGGGCUCACAUCACUUCGGCCCUUGGCCACACAUGAAAGGAGCGGGUCUCCCCCCCUCCUCCCCAUGCCGAACACUGUGUGUGUUUGUGUGCGCACGCACGGCCUGGGCUCAGGUCCUUUAUCCCCAGCCUGGCGAGGCUCAGGGAGCCGAUCGGCAUCUCUUCUUUCUGUCUCUCUCUCUCCCUUUCUCUCUCUCUCCCGGCUGCGAUUAGCACAUCACAGGUUGUCGUUGGGCCAGGCGCUAAUGGGAGCUGACGGGGCUGGCCGGUGUAAACAAACAGCCGCCAUUGAAGAGGCCCGCUCACUAUGCUCACUCGCUGGCCCGUCGGCCUGGGACAAAGGGCCCACUCAUGGAGCUCCUUGCUGGGGCAGAGAGGGCAGAAGCAAGGGGUCGGACCUCACCACACUGCAGUGCACCCACCCAGCCUCAGACCCAAACCCCAGGGCUGCCUGUGACUGAACUUUGCCUUCAUCCAUGCCCCCAGAGAAGAUAGAAGUUUCCCCUAACCAGUGAUAUUUUGUCAUCCCCUUAAUGUUUGAGUUUAGGAUUAAGGGUGUGGUGAUUAUAAAUAUGUGGCUAAGGACAGCUUUAACAUCAAGCCCUUGUCCUCCGACCACAAACAGAGUAGCCCCCUCACCCCACUACCCCCACACCUGAGACUCUGCUGCAGCCCCCGUACCUAUCACCCUCACACCCUUAGAACUGGACCCGGGACUGCUGUUUGAAGUGGCUGCAUGAUGGACAGUACAGGGGGCGAUAUGGAGCGAGGCGGCACUACUUAGGCAACAGAUUCUUUGGAAGAAUCCGCCAGUGUUUUGGCUCUGCACGCAGUGGCUGAAAAGGCAGGGUGUGUGUGUGUUUGUGUUUGUGUGUUGCUGGUGUGGUAACUAACUUGGGUACCACUGCCACUCCAACUGUUGACUGAUUACAAUGGUUUUAUUAUCUGAGAUUAUUACUGUGUUAUUGUACUUUUGUUGUCAGUGUGUUUGUGUGUUUAACUAUACAGAAGAUGCAGUUGCUGAUGGAACUAUAAUAAAGUUGUAUCCUGCACACCACA